UAGAAGCCACAUGACAACAUUGUGCCGGGCAGCGCCUCUCUCAGUCUCAGCUUCACUUUCACAGCAAGUGUGUCAUCCACAGCUCUUUCACAUGAGGUCGGGUCGCGCUUGCUUCUGACCUGCGAUGGAAACUUCAUCUUCCGAGGAGGUGUCUGACAGGGGCUCCAGCUCCGGGGUGACAAGAGACAGAGAGCGUGACAGCAUUCUGGAGAUUAAUCAGUUUGAUGGACUGCCGUUCUCCUCCAGAUUCUACAAGUUGCUGAGGGAACGUGAGCAGCUGCCAGUGUGGAAAGCCAAGAAAGGAUUCCUGGACACUUUAGCCAGAGAACAGUUUGUUGUUGUCAGCGGCCCUGCCAACACAGGAAGGAGCUCUCAAAUUCCAGAGUGGUGCGCCGAGUUCUGCCUGUCGCGCCGCUUCCAAGACGGUGCCGUGGUUUCAACACAGACUGACGCCCAGCAGGCGGUCCAUCUGGCCCUCAGAGCGGCCGACGAGAUGGACGUCAACAUCGGACAUGAAGUGGGCUACAGUGUCCCCCUGGAGUCGUGCUGCACCAGCGACACCAUCCUCAGGUUCUGCACCGACGACAUGCUCCUGAGGGAAAUGAUGUCAGACCCUCUGCUGGAGCACUACGGUGUGGUGGUGGUGGACCAGGCUCACCAGAGGACCGUGGCCACAGACGUCCUGCAGGCGCUCCUGAAAGACAUUGCCUUGCAGAGACCAGAACUUCGUGUUGUCCUCCUCAUGGCUGUGGACCCCAGCCCCAGACACUCGGCCCACUUCACCGGCUCGCCAGCGCCUCUGAUCCAGCUGGAGAAUCCAGGCCUGGGCAAGGUGCUCUACUGCAGCUCGGGAAACGGGUACCUGUCCUCGGCACUUCAUCUGGUGCUCCAGAUCCACCAGGGGAAAGAGAAGGGGGACGUAGUUGUGUUUUUGGUCACGGGUCAGGAAGUAGAUCUGGCUGUGGAGCUCCUGCGUAAAGAGAGCCUUCCUGUCGGUGGGUCCGAGCUACUGCCGAUAGCUGUCCAUCCCGGACGAACAAGUUUGUCAUUGCUGAUGGAGGAAGAGGUCAGUCAAGCGAGGAGGGUUUUUCUGACCUGCAGCCAGGGAGAAGAUCUGUUUUGGAGUGUCCACUCCAUAAACUUCGUCAUCGACACCGGACUUGAAAAGAGGAAUGUGUACAACCCCAGGAUUCGCACCUACUCAGUCAUCAUUCAGCCGAUCAGUGCCAGUCAAGCUUUGAGUCGCAGGCAACUCGCCCCGACAACAGGGACGUGUUUCUGCCUUUACCCUGAGGACAGGAAACUCCCCGCUGAGGUCCGGCCCCACAUACUGGAGUCUGACAUCACGCCCACCGUUCUGUUCUUGAAGAGGAUGGACAUCGCCGGACUGGGUCGCUGUGAUUUCAUCGACAGAGCAGAUCCUGAAGCUCUGAUGCAGGCGCUAGAAGAGCUGGACUAUCUGGCAGCUCUGGACAACAAUGGAAACCUGUCCGAGAUCGGAAUCAUCAUGUCAGAGUUCCACAUGGACCCGCAAAUGGCCAAGACUCUGCUGGCGUCCUGCGAGUUCGACUGUGUCAGCGAGGUGGUCAUCAUCGCCGCCAUGCUGACAGCUCCAAAUUGCCUCACAAAUCCACCUGUGGACUCAAAGCAGGAAGCGGUCCAGCGUCUUGUGAAGUUCCAGCAUCCAGAGGGAGACCACUUCACCCUGGUCAACAUCUACAAGGCUUUCAAACAGAACCAGCAGGAGCCUGACUGUGACGUGGAGUCGUGGUGUCGGAGCUUCCACCUGGACCACGCUGCUCUGCAGACAGUCGACGCACUUUGUUCUGAGUUCACUGACACACUGAGGAGGAUCGAACUUCCUGUCUCACCACCAGCUUUUGGAUCCAGGACCAACACAGCGAAUAUAAAACGAGCUCUGCUGGCUGGAUUCUUCAUGCAGGUGGCUCGGGAUGUGGAUGGAUCGGGAAACUAUUUCAUUUUGACAAACAAACAUGUGGCGCAGAUCCAGCCUCAGUCUGCUUACGGAGCCAACAACCCAAAAGAAGGUCUGCCAGAAUGGGUUCUCUUCCACGAACACACCUUCGCCGAGGACAACUGCCUCAGAGUGGUCACCCGAAUAGCUCCAGAAGAGUUCCUCCAGAUGGCGCCACAGUACUAUUUCUACAACCUGCCUCCGAGCGAAAGCAAGAAUCUCCUUCAGAGUAUUUUGGACAACGAGGACGUGCAGGACCAACAGAAGUGCAUAAGAACCCCGGAGGAACAGACUGCUGAACGCUGUGUCGUACAGUGAGCCACAAGCAGGACACACUUCUCUUUUCCACUGAAGUGCAUUGGUGAUCGAUGCAAGGUUGCUCAGUUUAAAAACCCUUUAUUUCCAUGUCACAGCAAAUCGGGCUGCUAUGGCCCACACAAAUGGGCCGGCUGAGUUCACCUUUGUACAUAAUGACACUGUCGUUUGGCUGAGUUGGAGAUCUUCCACAAAUGUCUUCAGUAAAAAGCAUAAAAUUAACAAAAACCUUCAACUUGUCC